AUGCCUCAAACUGCUCUAAUCACCGGUGCGACUGGUUUACUUGGUCGCCAAGUCUUCAAGGCUUUCCAGCAUGCAGGAUGGAUCACCAUCGGAACGGGCUUCACUCGUGCGAAUCCUCCGUCAAUCCUAAAGGUAGACUUGGGUAAUACAGAGGAGGUUAAGAGGGCAUUGGAUGAAGCCAAGCCGCAAGUCAUUGUCCAUUGUGCUGCCAACCGCUUCCCUGACAAGUGUGACGCGGACCCCGAAGGCACCCGAGCAUUGAACGUGGCAGCUUCACGCGCCCUCGCUGAAGCCGCUGCCUCGCGCAAAAUCUUCUUAAUCUAUAUUUCCACAGAUUACGUCUUUUCCGGCAAGCCCGGUGAGGCGCCUUACCAAAAUGACGCUAAGACUGGUCCCACGAACUUCUACGGCCAGACCAAGCUUGAUGGCGAGGAGGCAAUUCUUGAGGCAACCAAAGGCACAGGACUGGGCGUUGUUCUGCGUGUGCCUGUGCUGUAUGGCUCUGCGUUUGAACCCAAGGAAAGUGCUGUGAACGUCCUUCUGGAAGCUGUCGACAAGGCGGAGGCGCAUGCCUUGGCCCAAGGCAAGGGCGAGACUAGCACUAAAGCUACCAAGAUGGAUGAUUGGGCUUUACGAUUCCCAACAAACACCGAGGAUGUUGCUCGUGUAUGUCAGGACAUUGCGAAGAAAUAUUCUGUUGAGACUCCCGACGCGGACCGCGCGAAGCUCCCAACUGUGCUGCAAUUCUCGGCUGAAGAGCAAUUUACAAAGUACGAGAUGUGCAAGCUUUUUGCAGAGAUUUUGGGUCUUCCUUUGACCGAGGACGCUAUGGUUGCGAACAAGGAGGGUAAUGACCCCAACGCUGCUGUCCAGCGGCCGUAUGAUUGCCAUUUGUCUACAAAGGCGUUGAAGGAUCUCGGUAUCCCCGUCCAUGCCGUUGACUUUAAGGACUGGUGGAGACGCGAGCUCAAGGCCUACCGCCGAUAA